AUGAUGGGUCGUCGACGAGUAAAUUGCGUGGUUGUUUCGUCGUCGUCGUCGUCAUCGUCAGAGUGGUCGGCGUCGCCGUCUUUACCAGUAAACACAGUGAAAGGUAAACAGACAGUGAAAGUAAAUGCGCGGCAGUUAGGCGGUGAAUCAAACGUCGAACGGUACUGUUUGAAACAGGCCAAAAAGCCGCCGGCCGGUCGAGAUAUGCCUACGACGUCCAAGCAACGGAUUAUCCGAUCCGAUCCGAUCCGCGUCACGUCGCACCGUGUACACGCAAGCUGCUCCGGCCGGCAAGCACAAGUGUUCGUCCACCUGGCAACAAGCAGUACGUGUCAUUAUGACGAUGGUGAUGAUGGUGAUGAUGAGCGUCACCGCCGUCGCACCGUUUAG